AUGACCGAAGCAGCCGCAGAGUGCGUGGCUGGAGUGGCCGCCGAGGCAGCCGCGGUGUGCGCGGCAGAAGUGGCCGCCGAGGCAGCCGCGGUGUGCGCGGCAGAAGUGGCCGCCGUGGCAGCCGCGGUGUGCGCGGCAGGAGUGGACGCCGAGGCAGCCGCGGUGUGCGCGGCAGGAGUGGCCGCCGAGGCAGCCGCGGUGUGCGCGGCAGAAGUGGCCGCCGAGGCAGCCGCGGUGUGCGCGGCAGGAGUGGCCGCCGAGGCAGCCGCGGUGUGCGCGGCAGGAGUGGCCGCCGAGGCAGCCGCGGUGUGCGCGGCAGAAGUGGCCGCCGAGGCAGCCGCGGUGUGCGCGGCAGGAGUGGCCGCCGAGGCAGCCGUGGUGUGCGCGGCAGGAGUGGCCGCGGUAACGCUCGAUGGAUCACGUUCUUCUUGGGGUGACACGGCAGCCUGA